GUUCCGUCUCUUUAAUGGAUGGCCUGAUGAAAACUUUACAAAAAAUGAGAGAAAAUUUAAUUGAAUAUUGGAUAGAAGAGGCUAAAGAAGUUGCUGAAAAAAUUGGCGUCGAACCUAUUCUGCCAAAUAAACGAAUUCCGAGGUGCAAAAAACAAUUUGACGAGAUGUGUGAUGACGAAUCACGAACACUUCAACCAGUUCAACUUUUUUCUCAAGCAAAAAUUAUGAUAUUUGAUAGAAUCUUAUCAGAAAUUAAAAAGAGGGUUGAUAGUGCUACCACGUUGAAUUCGAAUUUCGCAUUUCUAAAUGGUACUGAAAUUUUGAAUAUGUCAAAUGAAGAACUGCAAAAGCAUGGAGCAGAUCUGGGACGAAAAUACGAGCGAGAUUUAAACGCCGUUGAAUUCUGCCAGGAACUCUACGUUUUUAAAGAGCAAGGUCCACUUUUAUUUUGAGAUAUAAAAAAUGCUAGCACUUUCAAUCUCUUGCAACAGAUUUAUACGCAUGAUUUGCAGGAUGCCUUUCCCAAUAUUUGUAUUGCUCUAAGAAUUUACUGUACGCUUCCUACUACAUCCGCAAGCUAAGAGCGAAGUUUUAACAAACUUAAACUUAUCAAAAAUUAUCUACGAUCUUCGAUGAGCCAGGAACGUUUAUCAAGUCUUGCCAUAUUAGCAAUAGAAAAUCAAAUUGCUCAUCAAAUUAAUUAUGAUAAGG